UGCAUGCAGCAUAAACUUGCUAUCAUAGCGGAUGGCGUUUCGGUUGAUACCUUUGGUUCCAUUGUAGAAUGUACUGUUUAAUCUAUAUAAUCGGCUUCCCAUCUGGCGAGUCCAGAUGCAGUCUUCAUUUUUGCGCAGAUCGAUGGAGGGAAAUUUGAGCGGGCUAUCAAAAUUGGAGGAAAAGAAGCGUGAUACUCUGGAGAAGCUUCGAGAGGCUUUUGGAAUUGAAGAUUUAUCGAGUCAGCCUCGGAAAUCAUUACAGAACAGCUUGUCGCUGUCUCGUCUUUUAUUUUCUUGUCCGAUGGAGAGGAAGAGAAGCAUACAGCGAGGAAGAGUGCUUUUUCAUUUGUUUAUUCUUCUACUUCAUAGCAUGCGCACAUGUAGGCGCGAGAGCAGAUCAAGAUCGCGAUUUCGAGAUCCGCUUCCUGUAACAAACCAGAGGUUUAUGCUCGUGAGAGCAGCGAUAAAAAUAGGUGGCGAUGUUUUUAGCAUCGUUUUGAAAAAUCUCAUUUGAGACAUGAUUCUUCCUACGAGUGUGACCUUUAAAUCGAAUCUGACAGUAUCACUUCUCACCUCACUGAGUUUGCG